CCCAAGAAAUGCUAAUUUUUCAUAACAAAAUCAUCGAAAAUAAUCACAAUGAAGGCAAUUUGAAAACUAUAUCUAACACAGUUAUAUAAUUUCGUAUACGAAGAAUAUAGAAUCACGAUCAAAGAUGCCGAAACGAAAAGAGUUGAUGAGUGAGUCCGAGGAAUCAGAGUUUGUGGGUGAUAGCUCUGCUGAUGAGGGCGCGCCUGGCGAGAAAAGGUUAACCCGGAGAUCGGCAGCAAAUGCUUCCAAAAAACGAAAAGUCAUAGCGCAGGCGGAUUCGAGUUCCGAGGCUGGUGAGAGUGAGCAGGGCAUGAAGUAUGAACGCGUCCCCUCAAAAGAUGAGAUGCGGCCGGAGGACAUCCCGCGCAGUAUGAGGGCAGUAUCGACCGACUCGUCGAAUCAGGAGUGUCCAGUCCCUGGAUGUGACUCAACAGGUCAUUUUAGUGGAAAAUUUGAUCGGCAUCAUACCGUGGCCGGCUGCCCUUUGUAUCACAACAUGACUGCAGAAGAGUGCAAAGAAAUGUACUCUUCGAGGACGAGAAUGGCAGUGGAGAGGUCAAGGGCGAUCCAAGAAAUUCAUGAUAAUCGCAUGGGGUUGAGGAAACCGAAUCCAACCGAGAACCAGCGGGUGAAACGUGAUGCGUUCAAAAAUGCUCGGCUGUUGUUAAAAGGUGACAACUUGUUCGAUAUGCGGGAGAAACGAAAAAAUCACAAACUAAAACACGAGAAAGGUCGAGAACCCCUCUUGAAUGGUGUGACGUCGAAAUAUGAUCUGCAGUUGUUCAGGGAAGCUCAACAGAGGGCGCUGGAGGAAAGUAGUUUCGAAGCGAUUCAGCACUGUCAGUUUGGCGAUGGCCUCUCAGAAUACAGAAUAAAACACAUCGAAAUAGGACGUUACGAAUUAGAGACUUGGUACGCAUCGCCAUAUCCGGAGGAAUAUUCCCGAUUACAGAAACUGUAUUUGUGCGAAUUCUGUCUAAAAUAUAUGAAGACGUCAACGAUAUUACGUAGACACUUGGCCAAGUGUGUCUGGCGACAUCCGCCUGGGGACGAGAUUUAUCGGAAAGGUGCAAUAUCGGUAUUUGAAGUGGACGGAAAAAGAAAUAAGAUAUAUUGUCAAAAUCUGUGUUUGCUAGCUAAAUUAUUCCUCGACCACAAGACGUUAUACUAUGACGUGGAACCAUUCCUCUUCUACGUCAUGACUACCGCUAAUAACCACGGGUGCCAUAUUGUGGGAUAUUUCUCAAAGGAGAAGAAAUCCUUCCUCAACUACAAUGUGUCGUGUAUCUUGACGUUACCUCAAUCGAUGAGACAGGGUUAUGGAAAAAUGUUAAUCGAUUUCAGUUACCUCUUAAGUAAAGUAGAAGAGAAGGUCGGCUCGCCCGAGCGCCCCCUAUCAGAUCUAGGUCUUAUUAGCUAUCGUAGUUACUGGAAAGAAGUCUUGCUCAAUUACUUACACAAGUACACUGGAAGUGAAGUUACAAUCAAAGAUAUUAGUCAAGAAACUGCCAUCAACGCGAAUGAUAUCGUUAGUACACUGCAGGCACUGGGGAUGCUGAAAUAUUGGAAGGGCAAACAUCUUGUGCUGAAAAAACAGGAACUAUUUGACGAAUACGUCGAGAAGAGGGCCCGGAAACCGUUGGACAAUAACAAAAUUAUCGACCCGAACUGCCUCAAGUGGACACCCAAGCAAUACACGUAGUUACCAAUAUCAGAAAUAUAGUUAGUUUAGGAAAUAACAUAUCAUUCAUGAACAAUAGAAUUAGUUACUCUAGUCUCUUCUCUGAGCUAGUGUUGCACUCAUUCAAGGCAUUGUAACCUAUCGCCGUCAAUAAUGAAAUUCUUUGUUUUGUAUUGAAAUAUUUCUCUUUUUCUUGAAAAUUUUUCUUUAUGGUGCAUUCGCAAAAAUCAAAUGUGCUUGAAAAUUUCUUGGUUAACAGUCAAUAAGUACUUUUGAGAAAUGGAAUUUAAAUUUUGAUGCAAAAUUUUAGUAUUUUCUUUGGGUUGACAUAAUGACCUCGACGAGAGGGACGACAUUUCCAGGAAGUCUGACCUCGAUACGAGGGAUACCCUCGGAAAAUGUGGUGCUCUUCUCCAUCUCAGAGUUCCCGCUGCACGUGGAGGUGAUUUUCUCCAGGGAGUAUUCCUCCUCCAAGGCGGGAUGAGCGUUUUUGCGUGCCACCGAGGUUGGGGACCAAUUUGGUUUAUAGGCCUUGUGACGUCGACUUGGGUGAAAUGAGGUGCUGAUUUUCCAGGGUCAUUAUCAUCAUCAUCAACAUCAUCUAGGCAUCAUGACCCCGAAUCGGGCCUCUGCCUUUUGAUGAAGCUAUGUAAAUAAAUUUCAAUGGGCAUUUACUCAUACAUUGCUGGUGAGACAACUCUUUGUAAAUUUUUGGAAUAAAUUAUGUCACUCUAGAUAAAUUAACAUAGUAAAGGCCCAUCUCCACACAAGCAUUUAUCGCUGCAUUCACGCUGUGUCUACAGGCAUUGUAGUUUGGUUAUACCAGCAAUGAAACAGUUGAACAAAAGACAUUCAAAUUGGCCGAUUCAGAAUGUGGUUCUGACCGGUUCAGAAUGCGGUUCUGACCGGUUCAGAAUGCGGUUCAGAAUGCGGUUCUGACCGGUUCAGAAUGCGGUUCUGACCGGUUCAGAAUGCGGUUCUGACCGGUUCAGAAUGCGGUUCUGACCGGUUCAGAAUGCGGUUCUGACCGGUUCAGAAUGCGGUUCUGACCGGUUCAGAAUGCGGUUCUGACCGGUUCAGAAUGCUUAUGUGGAGAUAUGCCUUUAGAUAGUAAUUUGUGAUGUCGAUGUUGUGUCAGCAUUUAAGCAGAAGUAAUGAUACCAGGGUUGUCAUAGUGAUUAGAGGGUUAAAUUUCAUUAUUUUAACAAGUUUGUAAAUUACUUUUUGCGACGGGUAUUGAUUUACCUUUAUUGUUGUUGUUUGUUAAUUUUGAAAAAUUGACCAAACAGUGAUUGUUUCCUUUAUUGAUGUGUAAUUGACAAGACCUGGAUACUUAGAAACUUUAAUCUUUACUUAAAGAAUUAAUGAUGGCAGGGGCAGCCAAUUUUUCUUGCCCAAGAAACAAGGAGCUUUACAGUCCGAUAUCAAGUACACUAAAACCUCUCUAUUAAGGAUACCCUCGGGACGGACAAACGCUGUCCCUAAUAGAGAGGUGUCUUGACUACAGAGGUCAAUUUGAAUGGAAAUGCCCAAUUUGGGACCAAAACUAGUGUCCUUAAUAGAGAGGGUGACCUUAAUAGAGAGGAUGUCCUUAAUGGAGAGGAUGUCCUUAAUAGAGAGGUUGUCCUUAAUGGAGACGAUGUCCUUAAUAGAGAGGUUGUCCUUAAUAGAGAGGAUGUCCUUAAUAGAGAGGAUGUCCUUAAUAGAGAGGUGUCCGCUAAGGGAGGUUUCACUGGUCACUGGGAUCAUCUACGUGGAGAGUUGGCAGGGCCGCUUUAUCAAUAUGAUUAUGAUUUAUUUGUGAUUAUGCUGUAAAUAAUUUGUGACCCGUCGCAGCAAAAGUAGGCGCAUGUCGCUCUGAGCUUGGCAGGUUGAGGCGGACUGUUUGUUCAUUUCUCUGUUGUCUGCCCUUUGUGAAAUAUGAGCACAUCAAUUUCUUCCAUUAUCUCCUGGUGUCAUUUAGGCUCAUCUUCUGCGCGACAAGCGCCGGGUUUCGCUGUGACGGGUCACAUUUAAUGACUUACCAGUGUAAUGAAACUUCUUCAGGUAUCGGUUAUAUAACAGUAAGGGAGAUUUACAUGACAGAAUAUAAAGCGCUGUAUGACGUAAAACGUACAAAAAGGAAUUUGGAAAUGUUUACCUGGGUAUAAGGCCGAAGUUACAUAGACCUCAUUCGUUCAUUUCCCAGGACUCAUUUUCCCUUUUGCUUUCUUUCCCCUGUGAAUGCACGGCCUUGUGGCGUGCAUUCACCGAGGAAUGAAAGAAAAACCCGGAAAGUGACUCGUGGGAAAUGAAGGAAUGAGGUCUAUGUAACUUCGGCCUUCGGGGCGUCAAGUCAUGGGCCAUCGAUGGAGAAUCUCCCUUAUGAAAUCAUUUCGUCUUCGUGUCCUUGAGCAAGGCACUUAACCCUACUUGCUUCUCUCCACCCAGGAGUAAAUGGGUACCUAGCUGGCAGAGGUGGCACACUAUGAAUGUUAGUCCUGAGCGCUGUAAAGCUGCAGCUCGGACCUGUGAUACUCCCAGAGAGAGAGCUUGAAUCAUGAUUGCACAGGCCGAUAGCUAGGGGUAAUAAUGUGAAGCGCUUUGAGCGACUGAAACCAGUUGGAUUUAGCGCUAUAUAAGUCUCAUAAUUAUUAUUGAUAGAAUAACAGGUGUGUACUACCUUGUAACUUUGGUCUGUGAAAAUGAAGUUUUGAAAGAGAUGAAAUAUCUUUGUGACAUGCAUUUACUUAUUUUGAAAUCAGAUUUAUGUCGUAUUUAUGGGCAUCGGAGAAAAACAGCGAUAUUUAAGUCUACCAGGCUGAAGCCUGAACCGCAAUCAGCUCAUCUGGCUGGAUAUUAGCCAAGAUUCCGUAGCAUUAGCGACUAGGAGUGACUCCCCCUAUUGAGCAAUUUGUCUUUUGUUUUGAUUAGAACUUGCCUUCAGUAAAUAAAGUUGUACAAACAGAGUGUAUGUAUUGGUGUAAUAUAAUAUGUGUUUGUUUGUGGAAAUCUUAGAAAGAAGAGAUCAGUUAUUUGGUGUGUAUGUGACCUCCCGAGAUCCCCUUGGAGCGUUGGCCGAAGGGAAUUGAAAAUACGAGCUCAAUAGCCCCCACAGCGUGCCUCGACUGACAAACACACCCCAUUGGGACUGACAACAUGUAAAAGAAAAGUCGGUGGGUUGGGUUGACCGCCGAGGGGGGGGGGGGCUGUAGGCAGGGGGCUAUUGAGCUCUUAUUUUUGGGUGCCUGUGCAUUUGGCCAUGGCAAUCCGGAUGGGGCAGCCUGAGGCAGGGGGAGGAGCAGGUUUAAGGGGCCAACCUUAACAGCCUCCAUCAGGUUGAACACCAAGGUUAAUAUGAUUGAAAUCAAAUCUUAUGGUCAGAAACACAAUAAGCUGGACAUUUACCACAUUUCCUGAACAUUUCAUGAUGUUUAUGUGUGAAAUGAGAGAUCUGGGGCCAAAUUCAUGAAGGGUGUUUAGCUUAAAACAGCGUUUAACUACUGAAUAGACAGAUUCUGGCCCUUCAUGUGAAUCUUCACAGAAUAUGAAUAGGCCCUGAAACUGAUUAGAGAGAAGUUAACUACUGAAUAGACAGAUUCAGGUCCUUCAUGUGAAUCUUCACAGGAUAUGAAUAGGCCCUGAAACUGAUUAGGAAGAAGUUGUACAUGUCUAACCCUUAAACGCCCUUUGUGAAUUUGGGCCCUGUUGUCUGAAAUCUACAAGAGUCCACCAGCCAAACCGCCAGCCAUCUUGGAUUUGACUUGGAGGAAAUGAUAGGGCCUCCCAAGUAACUGGACGCUAGUUAAUUUAGACAACAACUCGCAUGUCUUACACCCUAAUGGCAUGAACUUUUCAGGAAAUGUGUUAAAUUGUCUACUUGUUUUGUUUAUGGCUGCUAUGGCCGAGUUCAAAUCAGUUGGAAGCAGUUUAGGAUUUGAUGGUGUAGCUCCAUAAACUAUGUGGUUGAGGCCUCAAGGUAUACGGUUCAACUCCUACUUGAUAUUAGGCCUCGUGAGUCUGUAUCUAGUGAAAUUAGACUUAUUGUGACUAUUUUGUAAAAUAAAUUAGUAAGUUUAUCUUUUGAGCAAA